AUGCAGAGUCCCCACCCGUCCGUAUGGAAGACCGCGGAUGUCCCAACAAGCACCAUUCGUGAUAUUGCGGGGAAACAAGUCGCAAUCCCACCGAAAAAGGAGAUUUUCCCCGUCUUUCCGAUUUGGCCGACAUUUACGCGUGACGGCGUGCUUUAG